UCCCCCAUCCCUCGAGCCCUCGCGGGGGCUCCGGGAAGCCGCCUCGGGCCUGCCCCCUAGGAAAACGUGGUCUCAGCUGUGGGGGCCUCGAGCAGGCCUCAACCCCUCUUCCUGACCCGUGGGGAGGCCCAGCACCUCCUCCUCACCACGUCUUUGUGCAGGGUGCCGGCAGCCAUUGUGUCCGGGUGGGGAAUGGAGGACCUGGCAAUCCCCCAUCGCCACGUUCAGGAGCUUGGGGGAAUUCAAAGAAAACCCGCGGCGUUUGUGGGGGGUCUCCAGCCUUCAGCCGCCGGGAAAGACCCGGGGGUGGCCUUUCCGAAGUCAGCUAGCAGAUCCGGGGCAGUUCCCCCCUCCCUGCGUCCCUCCUUGAAACCUUGAGCUCCAUUGAGAAGCCCCUUCUGGGUUUCGGAAGCCUCACCCGGGACUGGUACUUAAACAGAAAGAAAGGAAGGAAAGGGGUGGGGGAGCUGCCCUGAGCGCGUACCUCCGGGAGAGUUCUCCCGGCUCCCAGUAGGAGGCGGAGAGCCAAGGGGCGUGCAGGAGCGAGGGGGCUGGGCUCCCGGGUGGCUGGAGGCUGCGGAACAGAGAGGCCGCCUCGAUCCGGGCGAUGGAGGAAGCGAGCGAGGGGGCAGGUUCCCAAGCUUAGCAAUUCCUGUGUCGCCUUCUGGGCUCUCAGCCUACCGGGUCGCAUGAUCCCUCCGGCCGGAGCUGGUUUUGUUGCCAGUCGCCGCGAGGCCGGUUGAGUUACCGGCAACCCGACUGCCACCUCCUUCUCCCGACCUAUAUGAUACAAAAGAUCUUCCGGGGGCUGCACCUGCCUGCUGUCGCCUCAGACGGAUUUGAAUGUCUUUUUCUCUCUCCAGAACCCUAUCUUGGCUUUGGAUCAUAGAAGAGAAUUACUAAGCAGAGACCAGACUCUGUGAGUAAGCAGGUGUUUUGGACAAUGGACUGGUUGAGCCCAUCUCUAUUAUAAAAAUGUCUCAGAGCAACCGGGAGCUGGUGGUUGACUUUCUCUCCUACAAGCUUUCCCAGAAAGGAUACAGCUGGAGUCAGUUUAGUGAUGUGGAAGAGAAUAGGACUGAGGCCCCAGAAGGGAUUGAAUCAGAGGUGGAGACCCCCAGUGCCAUCAAUGGCAACCCAUCCUGGCACCUGGUGGACAGCCCCGCAGUGAAUGGAGCCACUGGCCACAGCAGCAGUUUGGAUGCCCGGGAGGUGAUCCCCAUGACAGCAGUGAAGCAAGCGCUGAGGGAGGCAGGUGACGAGUUUGAACUGCGGUACCGGCGGGCAUUCAGUGACCUGACAUCCCAGCUCCACAUAACCCCGGGGACAGCAUAUCAGAGCUUUGAACAGGUAGUGAACGAACUCUUCCGGGAUGGGGUAAACUGGGGUCGCAUUGUGGCCUUUUUCUCCUUCGGCGGGGCACUGUGCGUGGAAAGCGUAGACAAGGAGAUGCAGGUAUUGGUGAGUCGGAUCGCAAGUUGGAUGGCUACUUACCUGAAUGACCACCUAGAACCUUGGAUCCAGGAGAACGGCGGCUGGGACACUUUUGUGGAACUCUAUGGAAACAAUGCAGCAGCCGAGAGCCGGAAGGGCCAGGAGCGCUUCAACCGCUGGUUCCUGACAGGCAUGACUGUGGCUGGCGUGGUUCUGCUGGGCUCGCUCUUCAGUCGGAAAUGACCAGACACUGACCACCCACUCACCCUCCCACCUCCUACUCUGCCCCCACAUCUCUCCAUCCAGCCACCAUUGCUACCAGGAGAAUCACUACAUGCAACCCAUGCCCACCCCCCACCCCAUCACAGGGUUGGGCUUUGACCUGGUCCCCUGCAAUUAGUUUCCUAGAAUCUACCAUGCUUCUGUGAGAGCCACAUUCCCCACACCUCAGUUCUCUUGGCCUCAAAAUUAACAAAGUUUCCCCCAAAUCUGGCCCAUAGAGGUUGGCAGGGAUGGGGGGGUGGGGCAGGAGGACCCUGCCUGAUUGGUAGAAUUGGUAUUACCCCCGAACCUCCUGAGAAUGUUUUCCUGCCAGGGGGCUGAAGUUUGUGGAACCUUUUCCCCAGAAAGAGACUAGAUUGCCUUUGUUUUGAUGUUUGUGGCCUCAGAAUUGAUCAUUUCCCAUCCCCUUCUGGACCUGGGCCCCACCUCCUUCCAUCUCAACCCCCAAGAGCCAUUUAAAGGCCACUUUUGACUAAUUAGGCAUUCAGGUGCUUGGGAUAGAGAAGCAAGGACCAGGACUUCUUCCCCACCUCUGGCCUGGCUACAGUCCUCACUCCUAGUCUGAAUGUUCUCCAGAGGCCUCUGGCUAGAGGCCAGCCCCAGGAGGGAGGGGGCCAUAGCUGCAGGAAGCACCCAAUGCUAAAACUAGGGUGGCCCUUACAGUUUAGCACCACCCUAGUCCCUUCCCCGCCUCUCCCCUGGCUCCUAUGACCAUGACUGAAGGACCAACAGGGCCCAAGACAGGUGCCCCAGAGCUGUUUAUGGCCUCAGCUGCCUCACUUUCUGCAAGGAAAUGAGCCUGUGGCAUCUUUGCCUUGGACUCAUGGGGCCCAGGAGCAGAGGAUCCAGCCCAGAAGUGAAGGGGAGCUAUAGGGAGCAGCUGUGGGAACCCUGGGGUCUUCCCUACCUCAGGCAGGAAGGGCAGGUAGGAGAGCCUGGUGCACAUGGUGGAGGGGCCUGUCCUCUCCAGCCAGGCAGACUUGUGCUGUACCCCUGAUCAGCCUGGACAGCCAGGCUGCCAAGGUCAGAGUGGCCUGGCCAGGAGACCUUCAGGCCUCCCUCUCUCCUUUGCUCUACCCUUGGCCUGUCUCAUCCCUGGGGGUUCUAGCCCAGCUCUGGCCGCCCCGGGCUCUCUGCUGUACAUAUUCAAGACUAGUUUUUAUUCCUUGUGAAGAUGAUAUACUAUUUUUGUUAAGCGUGUCUGUAUUUAUGUGUGAGGAGCUGCUGGCUUGCUGUGCGCGUGCACGUGGAGAGCUGGUGCCCGGAGACUGAUGGCCUAAUGCUCCCUCCCCUACUCUGGCCCGGGCUGGCCAGGGGGGGUCCUGGCUCCUGAGGGGCACCUGUCCCUCCCCUGCCCCUUCCCCCCCACACACUUGUUCCAGCUCUUUGAAAUAGUCUGUGUGAAGGUGAAAGUGCAGUUCGGUAAUAAACUGUGUUGACUCAGUGAACA